CUGUGUCGUUGAACACUUUUGAGCAGUUUUGACGUCUGGAGUGAAGAUACUCUGCAGAAAUGGUGGUCAAAGCGGUUUGUGUGUUAAAAGGAGCCGGAGAGACCACCGGGGUUGUUCACUUUAAACAGGAGGGUGAUUCUGCUCCUGUUGAAAUCACUGGAGAAAUCAAAGGCCUUACUCCCGGUAAACACGGCUUCCAUGUCCAUGCUUUUGGAGACAACACAAACGGAUGCAUCAGUGCUGGUCCUCACUUCAACCCCCACAAUAAAAAUCAUGCUGGCCCCACUGAUGAGGAAAGGCAUGUUGGAGACCUUGGCAAUGUGACUGCAGGGGCUGAUAACGUUGCUAAGAUUGAGAUCACGGAUAAGGUCAUCUCUCUCGUAGGUCCCCACUCCAUCAUUGGAAGAACUAUGGUGAUACAUGAAGGGACUGAUGAUCUUGGAAAAGGAGGCAACGAGGAAAGUUUAAAAACUGGCAACGCUGGAGGGCGUUUGGCCUGUGGAGUCAUUGGCAUAGCCCAGUGAGCCAUCAGCCUCGAGUUUCAACAGGCAGCACUUCAAUCCUCUUAUAUUUGACCAAUGUAGCUACUUAAGUUGUGUUCUUGUAAAAAAACUAAAAACAA